GGGCAUUAACAGAGGCCAUGAUAAAUACCUAUGCCUACAACAUGCUGGAUAUUUGGAGCACAAUCCCAUCCACUUGACUUCUUAACUCUGGCGCCUUACUCACAGCCAGGAGAAACAUAACGCAACAGCCCCGGAGAAGGAUCCGGAGCGGCAACCCUCGCCGCUGCCAGACUCGCCACUGGACGAGUACAACACGAACCCCGUCGGGGGGUUGGUCUCUAGCGUGCGGUCGCUGCUCGAGCGGUCGCUUCGGAGAAUGAAGAGAGAAAAGAAUCCUUCGGAGCUAGAGUUGUCGAGCAUAAACGCGGAUAACGACUGGGAGGAGACCGCUGAGGAGGACUGCGAAUACGAUGGCGCCGCGAAAGACGAACACGGAGACUGGUACUACGAAGACGAGAACUUUGACUUUGACGAACUUGAGGACGUUGUCGGUUAUGCCGUUUCUGACGAUGCUGAAGGUGCCGACGAGGACGAGGACGAGGACAAGUCGCCCUUCAUCUUUGAUGAAGACGUACGUUACCCAAAGCCCGAUGGAUCGCCGAGAACCCUCAACGUGACAGGUCUGACGGUCCUCUUUGAGCCAAAGGAGCCUUCUGUCGACAUUGUGUUUGUUCAUGGAUUUACCGGCCAUCCUGCGCGGACCUGGACCUGCAAGAAAGGCGAUUUACCAACCGUAGAUGGCGACGUUGAAGAUGAGGACGACCUCGAGCCACCGGUGCCUGACUCCAGGUCUCAAAAGUUUAACCCUUUCUCAAAGUCUUCUCCUGCGAAGGGCGCCAAAUCCAAGACAGCCCCGGUCUGCUGGCCUCGCAAUUUGCUCCCAAUCUCCAUCCCUCAUGCCCGCGUCUUGGCAUAUGAUUACGACACCAAUAUGAGGCAUAUCCUCGGCUCACCUUUGAACAGAAACACGGUCUACGACAUCGCCAAAGACCUCUUACUCAUCCUGGAGGCUGACCGUCGCCAAGAACCCGCUCGUCGGCUCCUGUUCGUUGCACACAGCCUCGGGGGAAUCGUCGUCAAGAAAUUGCUGAGACAGGCUAGCUGUCAGACGGAUCUGGACCUGCGCAAAGUCUUCGACUCAACAACGGGAAUCGUCUUCUUCGGCACGCCCCACGGCGUCGCGGACCCGUGCGGCUUUGUUCAGCACGUCGCCGCCGAGACAAUGAUCGGAUCGCUAGAGAGCAUCGGCAUCAAGGUCCUCGAGGGGAGGAAGGUAGUUGACGACAACUCAUCCUGCCUGAACGCCCCAUUGAUUGAGAGGACGCAGUACAUUACGCGAAAUCACAUGGACAUGUGCCGGUUUACAGGACUCGGCGACGUCGAAUACACCAAAGUUGUAGCCGCACUAGACCGAAUUCUUUCCAGAGAGCCGCUGUCCUUUAGGCGACCGAAACGAACAAGGGCCAAAUCCCUCACUUCUGACGAACUGAAAGAACUUGUGCACUCACUCCGGUUCGACCAGCUCGACUCUAGGCACAUGUCGAUCAAGAACGCCCACGAUAGGACGUGCCGCUGGUUUCUGGACAGGUCUGGUUAUCUUGACUGGCUUGAUGACGGCAAAUUGAGCGAGCACGAUGGCUUUAAGCCCGGAGCCGGAAGUGGAGGCAACCAUGAAUGGCACGUGGAACCGCUGAAGAACCUCCUUGAAGAGGCUAUCCGACGGCUUGGGCGGGCCUCGGUGGUGUUUUUCAUUGACGCUCUUGACGAGUGCGACGAGGACCAGGCCCGAGACAUGGUCAUAUUCCUCCAACGGCUCGGGGACAUUGCUAUCUCAUCCGACACCUACCUGCGGAUUCUAUUUUCUAGCAGACACCACCCAGCCAUCACAAUCCCGACGGGCAUCAGCGUGAUCCUUGAAGGCCAGGAGGGCCAUAAUCAGGACAUUGUCACGUAUAUUGAUAGCCGGUUGAGGAUUGGCCGGACGAGUCUCGACCGGCAAAUACGGACUCGACUUCUAGACAAGGCUGCUGGCGUGUUUAUGUGGGUCGUCCUCGUCGUUGACAUGUUGAACAAGGAGCAAGACAGGGGCCGAACAGGCCGCCGGCUCCAAAAAAUGCUCGAAGAUAUCCCUGGCGACUUGCAUAAACUCUUUUCCGAUAUUCUGACACGAGACGGUGGCAACGCAGACGAGUUGCGUCUCUGCAUCCAAUGGGUCUUGUUUGCGCAAGGGCCUCUGGGUCCCGAGGAGCUAUAUUUUGCCAUCAUCGCAGGGACCGAGCCGGACGAACUCUCAAAGUGAGACUCUCAGGAAACGUCACCAGAUGCCAUCAGAAAGUUCAUAUUGAGUGCCUCCAUGGGGUUGACAGAGGUGACAAAUUCGGACCCUCCAACCGUUCAAUUCAUACACGAAUCCGUCCGAGACUUUCUCCUGGGAGCCGAUAGCUUAAGAGAGGUGUGGCCAGACUCGAUUUGCCGCAACGGCGAUCGUCAGGGGCAAAGCCACCAGCGGCUGGCAGAGUGUUGCAUCG